AUGGCGUCAGAACAUCAGGAUACAAAGGAGCAAGCUGCUUCUCAAAUUCGGGACACAUUAUGGUCUGAGCCACACAUAAACACAAACGAAGCUACGACAAAUGUUAUAAGAGAGAUUUCACAUCUCAGCAAGGAGAACGAGCGCAAGUUACGGCUCAAGAUAGAUCUCUAUGUCAUCCCAACAGUCUCAAUGCUCUGGCUGUUCUGUUUCAUUGACCGUGCAAAUAUUGGCAACGCUCGCAUCGCGGGUAUGGAUGCCUCUCUCAAGCUUCAAGGAUAUGACUAUAACAUUAUCCUGUCUUGUUUCUAUAUCUCAUAUAUCCUUUUUGAAGUGCCUACGACUAUUCUGUGCAAGCAGAUAGGUCCUGGAUGGUUUAUUCCAACGACAUCACUGCUCUUCGGUGUCUGCAGUAUAGCUACAGCAUUUGUACAAACUCAUGCACAAAUUUGUGGUCUUCGAUUCCUUCUCGGUGCCUUUGAGGCUGGAAUGUUACCUGCGAUUGCCUACUACCUCUCCCGUUGGUAUAAACGCGCUGAAUUGGCCUUCCGGCUCUCCCUGUGCCUUGUGAUGUCCCCACUGGCGGGAGCAUUUAGCGGGAUUCUCGCAAGUGCUAUUCUCCAGCUGAACCGUUUCGGCAGUUUGACACAAUGGCGAAUGAUUUUUGGUAUCGAGGGUAUUAUUACCCUUGCGCUAAGUGGCUUGAGCUACUUCGUUCUUACUGACCGGCCUGAAACGGCGAUAUGGCUCUCGGCAGAGGAGAAGUACUUUUGUGAACUUCGUCUAAAACAGGAGCGUGUUGGACAGACUGAGAUUGUGGAUCACAUUGACCGCGUUAAGCUCCUACGUGGGGCCCUAAACCCGAUUACUUUAUUGACUGCUGUGGUAUUCUUCUUCAGUAAUAUCACAGUGCAGGGCCUUGGUGUUUUCUUGCCGACUAUUAUUUCUGCCAUCUAUCCAGAGGCUUCCACCAUUAGACAGCAGCUCUACAGUGUCCCGCCGUAUAUCGUCGGUGCCUUCUUCGAUGUUGCCGUGCCCGCGUUGAGCUGGAAGUUAGACAGACGCCAGAUCCUGAUAGUGCUUUCUACUCCAACGAUCAUUAUCGGUUAUGUCCUGCUCCUGGCUUCACAUUCCGCUACAAUAAGGUACAUGGCGUGCUUUUUUAUCGCCAGCACAGCCUUCGUUGUGGGGCCUUUGUCUAGCGCACAAGUCAGUGCCAACGUUGUAAGUGAUACAAGUCGAGCAAGUGCCAUCGCUACAAAUGUGCUGUUCGGAAAUCUCGGAGGUAUUGUUUCUAGCUGGUCGUACAUUGUCAAGGACUCUCCAGAUUACUAUACUGGAAACGGACUUAACCUUGCGAGUGGUUGCAUGCAAUUUAUGAUCUCUGUUGGGGUUCUAGUUUGGAUGCAACGCGAUAAUAAAGAGAGGAGCCACCGCAACACGGCGCAGGAACUUGCCGGACUCAACCAAAGGGAGAUUGAGCAUCUAGAUUGGACACAUCCUGCCUUUCGAUGGAGGCCUUAG